AUGCGGGACACUCACAAAUACCUGCAGCAGCACCACCGGCACAGAGGAAUGCGGGACCCUCACAAAUACCUGCAGCCGCACCACCCGCACAGAGGAAUGCAGGACCUCACAAAUACCUGCAGCCGCACCACCCAUACAGAGGAAUGCGGGACCCUCACAAAUACCUGCAGCCGCACCACCCACAGAGGAAUGCGGGACCCUCACAAAUACCUGCAGCCGCACCACCCACACAUAGGAAUAUGGGACCCGCACAAAUACCUGCAGCCGCACCACCCACACAGAGGAAUGCAGGACCCACACAAAUACCUGCAGCCGCACCACCCACACAGAGGAAUGCAGGACCCGCACAAAUACCUGCAGCCGCACCACUCACACAGAGGAAUGCGGGACCCGCACAAAUACCUGCAGCCGCACCACCCACACAGAGGAAUGCGGGACCCUCACAAAUACCUGCAGCCGCACCACCCACACAGAGGAAUGCGGGACCCUCACAAAUACCUGCAGCCGCACCACCCACACAGAGGAAUGCGGGACCCUCACAAAUACCUGCAGCCGCACCACCCACACAGAGGAAUGCAGGACCCUCACAAAUACCUGCAGCCGCACCACCCACACAUAGGAAUAUGGGACCUGCACAAA